UCUUGUCUGGUGUGCAGGGAUGAACUUGGACAUGAACAGUGUGACAUCACAAGACCUGUCUUCCACUUGGGCCGCGGCACUUCCCGGGUUUCUGCAUCGUCGAGGUGCUGUAGCCGGGCCUAGUGCAAUUCCACCAGUUCGGCGUUACUCAUCAACAUCCGAUGUUAGCCGGCAGCUUUCGUUGAGUGUGCGGCGCCAGUCUCUCGACUCCCAGAUGAGCUACCAGGUGGCAGCAGAGCAGCAGUGGCUUGCAGCACAACGCGCGAUCGCCCGCCACCAACGUCGAAAGACUCGACGUGAGCGUGAGCGACUCUUGCACAUGGCAGCUCUUCACCGACCCUCACCUUUCCCUCACACGGCACCCAUCAGGCGCGGCAGUGACUCGUCCAUGCAAAGCUUGGCAGCCUCAUCGCUUCAACGUGGCCUGCACAGUACGCUAACUGUUCCCAAACCGGCAUCAGUGGCUCGGGCGACGAGCACGGGAGACUUAAACCCUGGCAGUGUGCUCACCCAAAACCACUUGUCUCUGCAGAGGCCAUCUGUUGUGGGACAAAGGCGCAAUGAAUUGCUCAUCAACCCACCAUUCACCCAUGGCAUGUCUGAAUCAGGUUCCACACGCAUGUCUAUGCGACGUAGUGGUACUGCAACAUACAACGCUGCGGACAACAUUAGUCCAUCAAUUGUGGCAGCAAAUGGGGCUUCUGCCACAGCUCCAAUUGGCCCGCCCAAACCAGCAGCUCCUCAGAUGCUUCUUCCAGGCUACCCCGCUCUGGCUUCAGCCAACCCUUACACUGCCUACCUGAGCUACCUGAAUGGCCUCCGGCUGCCAGGACACCCUCCACCUGAAGCCACCAUACCUCCUUUUGGAUAUCCUGCGCCAUUUGGCUACCCGGGCUUUCCUUUCUACCCUCCUGGCCUGUACCCGUACGGCCAGGGCUUUGCAUCGUACCCUGAACUGGACCCGGCGCAUACACCACUCAUUCCACUGCAUCCAAUGCCAGACAGUUCAAGUGAGACAGGCUUCAUACCAAUCAUAACAUCAGAUUCAGACUUCACAGAUGCAGGCAUACGUAGUCCCCACAUGCUGUCAGCUCAGCGCAUGGUAGAAGAGCGUGAGAGGGCACUUGCGGCAGCAAUGGUUUCACCACCACGACCUCAGACACACCAGGAGACGCAGACUGAACAGAACAAAGAGACCCUCCUGACACCGACUCCCUUGAGGAAGGCACAGAGUGACAGGUCAGCUGCCGUGCCAGAGACAAUAGAGAUGCGAGAGAUCAAGUCCGGCCAGUCAAGGUGGUCCAAUGCAUCGGCACUGUCUAGGGCAAGGGUAUCGAAAUCACCUCCUGGACCAAGGCUCUCAUCACAGGCAUCAAAGAGUAACACACCAUUGCACAGAUUCAGUUCUGUAUCUCCACCUGUGACUCAAUCACCUGCUGCAUUGUCACCUCUGGCCCAGCAGCAUGGCGACAGCGUGUCACUGAGAUGUCGCGACGACUGCCAAGCCAUCUGUGACCCUUGCAGUAGCAACAACAAUACUCAGACAUCAUGGCCUCCUUGCAACCAGCAGGUGCAUCAAGGUCUGCAGCAUUGUUCGUGCCCAUUGUAUGGCCCUGAGCUGCCAUUACCACACGCAUCGUCGUACCUGCACAGAUCCAACAGUGGAUACCAGCAAGGAACACUAUGCAUGGACCAGUAUUUUCCGGGAAUAGCAUCUGGAAGCACUGAGCCCAACACUUUAGACUCAACCACGUCCGGCCAUACGAAUUCAGAUGGUCCACACAGCUGUCACACAUACCUCUUUGCUCCAGUGGAAAACAGUUGCGCAGACGGCGAGCUGCAGAGUUUUGCUGGAAAUAACUGUACGGCACAGUGUCCCGAGCAGUGUCAUGCAGCCGUUCCUCAGCCACAGGAGCAGUUCACCAGUGGCCACCUGGCAGCACCAUCACCUUCUCAGCAUCCUGCCUUCAAUGGAUGUUGCGAGACGCCGUCACACCAACAGAACCUCAGCAGUGGGUGCCCACAAGGUCUCACAGAGCCAGGGUUUGUGUCUAGGUGACUUUUAACUAGUGCUUGUCUUUCUUUUGUUGCAUCUUCACAGAUUUAUCAUCUCAUUCCUCCAUGCUCAAGAAGGAAAAUAGUCGUCAGUGCUGUGUGGCUUCAAGAACAGUGGCUGCCAUGUGGUACCAGGCAUGCGUUAAUUGUUGUAUAGUUUUUAGCUUUACUGUGACUCUUUACAUGCAGUGUUAGGCACAAUAAAACAU